UUUGCUUCCGAUUACCGCACCUAUGGCAGAUCUAUACGCUAUUCUGCUGGCCGUCCUUUCGGUCUUAUUACUACCUCACUCCCAAGCUAUCUGUGGCUAUGAGUCAUGCCCCGAAACGAAGGAAGACAAGAUCAACAUCAACUUGGUUCCCCAUUCCCACAACGAUGUCGGUUGGCUAAAGACUGUGGAUCAAUCCUACUACGGCUACAAGAACGCCAUCCACCACGCUGCCGUCCAAUACAUACUGGACAACGUGGUGACUGAGCUUAUCAAGGACCCCAAGCGGCGAUUCAUCCAGGUGGAGACCGCCUUCUUUGCGAAAUGGUGGAAAGUGCAGUCGGAAACCAUGCGCCAGGUGGUUAGGAAGCUGGUGAACGAGGGACGCUUCGAGUUCACGGGAGGAGCCUGGAGCAUGAAUGACGAAGCCUCGGUAAACUACCAGGAAGUGAUUGACCAAUUCACCGUUGGAUUAAAAUUCCUAAACGAAACCUUUGGCGCCUGUGCUCGUCCUCGAGUUGGCUGGCAAAUUGAUACUUUUGGCCAUUCCCGGGAACAAGCGGCCAUAUUUGCCCAUAUGGGCUUUGAUGGCCAGUUCUUUUCGAGGAUGGACCACAACGACAAGGACACGCGUCUGGAAAACCUUUCCAUGGAGAUGGUAUGGGAGGCCAGCGAAUCACUCAGCGGAGUGGAACUCUUCUCCGGUCUGCUUUACAACUUCUACUCCGACACUCCGGGCUUUUGCUUCGACGUACUCUGCGAUGAUGAACCGAUCAUCGAUGGCAAGGGCCCCAGCAAUAAUGUUGAGUCUAGGGUUGAUGAGUUCCUGGACUAUGCUGAGGAAGUAUCCAGCCACUUCAUAACCAAUCACAUUAUGAUACCCAUGGGUGGUGAUUUCCAGUACGAAGAUGCCAGAAUGAACUACAAAAACAUGGAUAAACUCAUUAGAUAUAUCAACGAACGGCAGACCAAUGGAUCAAUAUAUAACAUCUUCUACUCCACCCCGAGCUGUUACUUGAAUUCUCUUCAUAAAAGCCUGAAAUCUUGGCCCAGUAAAACACAGGACUUUUUCCCAUAUGCUCACGGAAAAGGCAGCUUCUGGACAGGAUACUUUACGUCUCGCCCAACCCAGAAGCGCUUUGUACGCGAAGGAAACCAAUUUCUCCAGGUGGUCAAGCAACUGAGUCUGCUGGCGCAUCUCUCCAGUGAAAAGCAGACCGAAGACCUGGACUAUCUGAGGCAUAUAAUGGGAGUGAUGCAGCACCAUGACGCCAUCACGGGAACCGAGAGGCAGGCCGUCUCCGAUGACUACGAUCGCUUGACCUACGAUGCUAUUGUGGGAGCAGCCAACAAUGCCCGCGAUGCUCUCAGAAUCCUUACCAACCAGCCCGAUGGGGAGUUCGAGAGUUGCCUCAGGCUGAACAUCAGCGAAUGUGCCUUCACCAAGGAUGGCGCUGACAAUGUAAUGGUGACCCUUUACAAUCCCUUGGCCCAUGUGUCCACUCAGUAUAUCCGCAUUCCCGUCUUGAAUGAAAACUACGAAGUGACUGACGAGAAAGGAAAUCAGAUUGCUUCAGAGAUUCUACCAGUUCCCUGGGAGGUCCUGGCUUUGGAGCACCGACCCAAUAACACCCAGCAUGAGCUGGUCUUUAAAGCAACAGCCAACAAAGUAGCAAAUUAUUUUAUUAAAAAGAUUGAAAACUCAGAGGGAGCACAAAGCCCAGUAAUUCAAAAGAGAUCUCGUGAUUCUGAAUCCGAAGUUGUGGUAGAGAAUUCGCUCGUCAAGCUAGUUAUAGAUAAACAAUCAGGACUUCUGAAAAGCAUAGAAAUGAACGGGGUUUCCGAGGAAAUUGUGCAGAAUUUUGGAAUCUACAAAACGAACUAUUCCUGUGCCUACACAUUCCGGCAGGAAGACGAGCUAAUGUUACUCCACAACAGCAUUGAAUUCAAUGUGUACGAAGGAUCUCUGGUCAAGGAAGUGCAUCAGCAUGUGAACGAGUGGAUAUCACAGGUAAUUCGUCUUUACGAAGGCGUCAACCGCGUGGAGUUUGAAUGGAUGGUCGGACCAAUCCCCCUGGAUGGCGAUGUGGGCGGUGAAAUAAUUACCAACUUCCAGAGUGGGAUUUCGUCAAAGGGCAUAUUUUACACCGAUUCCAAUGGCCGUGAGCUGAUAAAGCGCGAAAAGGACAAGCGGGAGGACUUUGUUUCCGACUUGAGCGCUCAACCUAUAGCCGGAAACUUCUAUCCUGUCACCUCACGCAUCGCUCUGCAGGAUAAUAGCCAUCGGUUGGUCCUGCUGACUGAUCGAUCUCAGGCGGGAACGAGCUUAGCGGAUGGCCAGCUGGAAAUGAUCCUUCAUCGCCGCCUGCUCUUCAACGAUGGCGGUGGGGUGGGUGAGCCUCUGAACGAGGAGCAAUUCGGAAAGGGACUGAUUGCCAGAGGAAAAUUGUACCUUGUUCUGAACUCUGAUGAAAAUGAAGGCUCUAAGUCUGAACGGGUGAUGGAGAAGGAGCUUUCACUUCCCUUCUGGAAGUUUUUCAGCUCAUCUGGCAAAGAUGCUAGGGCUUCUGUACAAUCCAUACCUGAUUUCAAUGAUCUUCCGGAGUCAGUUCACCUGCUAACCCUGGAAUCCUUCACCGAAAAUGAAGUUUUGCUUCGCCUCGAAAACUAUCUGGAUGCAACUGAAGCCGGUUCGAUUACCUUCAACAUACGCCACAUCUUCGACAGCCUCAAUGGAGUGGAAAUCCGAGAGACUACCUUGGAUGGCAACUUGCCUCUCAGCGAAAUGAAGCGUUUCAAAUUCCAGGCCAGAAAAUCCGGAAAUCCACCUUCAGCUCUGGAAUACACAACAGUCCAGUUCAAGCCCUUAGAGGCGAAUAAGCUUGAUGAAGCUUCAGAGUUUACUGUUUUAUUGAAUCCGAUGCAAAUACGAACAUUUAUUAUUAAAACCAUAUAGAUUUCUGUUAAGCAUUUAUUCAAAUUUUAA